AAUGUUUAUUCAAUUUUGUUGUCAAGGUUUGCAAAAAAGAUCAAAAUAAAAUUUUAUAAAUAUACAAAUUGAUAUUUAAAAAAUGUUUCCCAAUCGAUACUGUAAUAUUAAAAAAUGUGCUCAAGAAAAAACUGAAGGAAGCGAUUCUUAUUUUUUGAAAUUAGUACAUGAUGAGUAUAAACAAGUUGACCAAUUAAAAGAUGUGGAAAAAUUGGCAACUGCUGAAAACCCACGUACUAAAUUUCUGGAAGAAAGCUCCGAUAUUUGCAAUGAAUUGCGAGAGUGCAAAGUUAAUGACAUAUUAAGACAAAAACGACGACAACAGUUACGCGCAAACAGCCAUGAAUUGCGUCAACUAGAAAAACAACUUCAAUCUGCCUUGGUGACCAAGCAGUUAAAGGAGCAGCAACAAAUGUUAGCACAGCAAAGAGAUGAUGAAAUUAGUAAAAAACGUGAAGAAAAUGCACAAUUUGCGGCUGAAUGUGAACUUGUACGUAAGUCUAUAUUACAGCAAGAAGAGGAGGAAAAACAAAAAAAGGAUGUUUUCCGUGGUAUAUUAAAAUGCCAAAUUGGAGAUUUGCGAGAAAGACGUAGGAAAGAAUUUGAGAAUGUCAUUAAAGAUAGGGAUGAAAUGGAAAAACUACUUAAACGAAUUAAAAAUGAGGAAAUGUCUGAACGCACAGAGGCUGAGAAACUUCGUGAAAGAUGUAAGAAGGAAAUGGAAGAGUCAUAUCGCAAUAGAGAAUUACAACGACAAUUGGAAAAGGAAAGAAAUGUUGAUGAUACCGAACGUAAUUUAGCUUAUCAAAAACAAUGUGACAACAUAAAGUCCCAAAUGGUUGCAGAUAGAAUACGCAUUCAAAAAGAAAAGGAGGCUCUUAGUGAACAAAUAGGGCAACAGUUAUCUACACUACACAAGGAAAAGGAAAAGCGUGAAAGUUUGCUGCUUUCACUUUUGGUGGAAGAACGUAAAGCAAAAGAGGAUCAGCGUUAUCGAGAAACUUUAAUAAAAAAAGUCAGAGAACGUGAGAAAUUACGCAUUGAAAUGGAAAAUUAUCGUCAAGAAAUUCAAAUUCAAAAGGAGAGACAAUUUAAAGAGGAAGAAGAAAAAUUUCGUGAAGAACAUUUGCGAUAUUUGGCUGAACGCGAUAAGUUGGAUCUACUGUCUGAUGAAAAACGCCGUCGCAAAAAGUUGGAACAUAGUAAAGCACUAAGAGAAAUGAUUGAAAUAAGAAGAUGUCACAGAGCAAAUGCAAUAAGGAACCGAAUUGUAGAUUUUGAAAAGUUAAUAAGCGGCGAAAGAGAGAGGGACCAACUAAUUGAAGAGGAACGUAAACGAAUACUAAGUGAUGCUCCGAAGGAAUUAUUAAGUUAUUUACCUCCUGGAGUUCUAAGAUCGUCUGAUAAAGAGUUUCUGACUCUACCAGGACAGAAGACAUAGUUAUAACCAUAUGGUUGAAUAUAUAUAUACCGUAAAUGUGCGACGAAAACUGGACUUUUGCAUUCAGUAUUACAAAUAAUUUGUUGUCAAACGUUACACACAUUUUAUCGGUAAUAGAUUAGUUUCAAAUCAAUUGAAAAACACGAAUCUUCAAAUAUAUAUCACUUUAAAUUUUUCUUAAU